UGUCUUCCGUGGCAGUUUGAUUGCCAGUUUGGUUCUCCAAGGUGUAUUUCUCACUAUAAAGUUAAUGAUGGCGCUAUUGAUUGUUCAUCUGGAUUUGACGAAGGCUGCCCGCCACACAAUUUUGUUUGUGCUGAUAAGAGUGCAUGCAUUGACUUCUCGCAAUAUCAAGAUGGAGUAGCACACUGCGAGGACAAGUCUGAUGAACCCUGUGCUGCUGGUGACUUUUUGUGCAACGAUCAUUCACAGUGCAUUGAGGGAAAACGAUUUCAAGAUGGUGUCGCUGAUUGCAAAGAUGGUUCAGAUGAAGAAUGUACAGUGACUCAGUUUGAAUGUAACUGUGGUAAGAUUCAAUGCGUGGAUGGAGAAAAGUUGAAAGAUGGUCGAAAAGAUUGUGAGGAUGGUUCAGAUGAAACUCCUCCAUCUGUCGAAACGCACUGUCCAGAUGGUCAGCCAGUAAGGGCAAAACGAGCUAGGAAUCGUACUGUACUUUAUCCAACUUACAAUGCUAUCACAAAAUGCCCUGAUCCAUCUGUUUGCAGCGAACGGUUGGGAGAAAUAUGUAUUAUGGUCGGUGGAGCAACGCAUUGCGUGUGCAAAAAGGGUACAGUUCGACCGCAUGGCUCACCGCGUUGUGUGCUGGAAGCACUGCUGCAGCAGUAUCUUAAUAAUAUAAUUGGAAACUGCACCGAAAUACAAAAGGACCUAAUCGAAGUUUAUGGGAAAAAAGUUGAAUUUUCAACGUCAGCGCGAAAUACUCAUGCCAGAAGGCAACACGAAUGUGAUCCAUCUGCAAAUACUCCUUGUAAAGGAUAUGGUGAAGUAUGUCAAUUUGAUUCAGCUAAUCAGUACCGUUGCACAUGUGCUAAUAAUGCAACUCGCAUGAACGGCGUUUGCUUAGUGAAUGAAUGCGCAAGUGCACAGCUGAACGAUUGUGAUGCAAAUGCGUCCUGUAUGGAUAGUCCAACAUCAUAUGAAUGCUUUUGUAAUGAAGGGUACAUAGAUAUGUCUACUUCACCUAAAACUCGACCUGGAAUCAAGUGCGCAAAAUUGGUGAAUGAAUGUGCUUCAUCAACUACCAAUGAAUGCGAUAAAAACGCGGACUGCAUUGACAAACCAAUUGGUUAUACAUGCCGAUGUCGGGAUGGUUUUGUAGACAUCUCAAAAGGUGGAGCGAGAAAUCCCGGAAGGAAGUGUCACAAAUGUAUAGCUCUAAUAAAUGAAUGUCAAGAAGGUUUGUCCGAUUGUGAUCCUAAAGCAAAGUGUAUAGAUAUGACAAGUGGUUAUACUUGUAAGUGUCCACAUGGUUUCACUGAUUUGUCACCCAAUCCAACCAGUAAACCUGGAAGAAUCUGCUCGCAACUUAAUAAUACAUGCGAUUCACCAAAUUUUACUGGUUGCAAAUCAAAUACUUCAAAAUGCAUGGGUACUAAAGAUGGGUUUGUGUGCCGAUGUGUUGAUGGAUACCUUGACUUGAAUCCUGCAAGUCCUGGAACGAACUGCUCUAAAUCAGGCAUCCUGAGACUGAAAUUUGACAACACCUAAAA